AUGACGGAACUAAAAAUGAUGCAGUCUUUAGACUUAAAAAGACAUUCUUUCAAUAACUCUCCAAUGAAUAGUUUAAGGCACAGUUUUCAUGUGGCACCGCCGAGUGGAUAUGACUAUGACCGAAAGGAUGACAUGGAAUUUGAGAGGCAGAUGGAGGAAAUUAGUGAUUGGUUAGAGAAUUGGGAUCAUAAACAAAGAUGUCAGAUAUUAGAGAAGUUGUUACAGCAAAGCAGUUAUUCUCAGUUUCAAUUCUUAUUUACUGUUCUACAACCAUCAUUACAUAGAGACUUCAUGUAUACAGCUCAAACUCGCUUUCCUCACAUCGAUUUUACACCAGUCAGUACUUACACAAGUAGAGCUUAUAAAAACAAAGUACGAGCUCUGAGAAAUAAAGGAACAGUACAUCGUAUAAAAAGUGCCUAUAUUCAACUUGAUGAUGAAGUUCGAGCAUGGUUAACUGAAAAUUCUACAAAAUUACCUCAUAUAUCAAGAGACAACAAACAUGAUCAAAAUGUUGAGUCUUCUUAUAAGAAUUUAAGAUCAUCAUUGAGAUGUAAAAAGUCUGAUAGAUCACCUAGUCCAUUACAUAAUACCACUCUGUCUCCAAAUAGAGAUAAAACAAGACAAAAUGUGAUUAUUCCCCGACAUAAGCAAGAAGUAAACGAUAAUAACUGCAGUUCAGUUCGUAGUGUGAUAACGACACCAUCUACAAUUGACAGCUGUUUGUCAAAACAACAAGAUAACAACAACAACAGUAAAAAUACAGAAAAUCAUAAAACUGGUAAAACAGCAUUUAGUGUUCAAAACAAAAAGAGAGUCAGAAUAAAGUCUGUAUGUUUAUCAGAAGAAGCUAAAAUAUUAUUACAUUGGUACACUCAUGAAUGGAAAGAUAAAAGAAAGAAUGAAUUUCUACACAAGUUUUUGUUAUUAUUAGACUCCAGACAGUUAUUCUUCUUAUCUAGUUUCUUAACAGUCAAACAGCAUAAAGAUUUCCUGGCCUUAUUACCAGAAAAAAUCUCUCUCAAAAUACUCAGUUAUUUAAAUCCUAAAGAAUUAUUACAAGCUAGAAGGGUAAGUAAAACAUGGAGAAGAUUAGCUGAUAAUAAUGAUAUAUGGAAAGCACAAUGUUCAGAAGUUAAAGUGGAGGUACCAGCUGAUCCUGUAUGGAAAGAUAUAUAUAGAGAUAAUAUGUAUUUAAGAUUUAACUGGGAUAGUGGAAUCUGUCAUACUGUAGAUUUAAAAGGACACACUGAAAAUGUUUUAUCAGUUAUAUUUGAUAAGAAGAGAGUUGUUAGUGGUAGUUUAGAUAAAACUAUUAAAGUCUGGAGCAUUAAGUCUGGUGAUCUAUUGAACACAUUAAAAGGACAUACUAAAGGUGUAUGGUGUCUGAAUUUCUUUACCGACAAUCUAUUGGUUUCAGGAUCCUAUGACUGCACAAUAAAGAUCUGGAAUUUAAGACUUGGUACCACAGCUAGAACAUUACUAGGACAUGAAGGUCCUAUCUGGGCUAUGGUUAGACAUGAUAAUAUUUUAGUUUCAGCAUCACAAGAUAAAACUGCUAGAGUAUGGGAUAUAGGAAGAUGUCUAUUAAUAACAGUAUUAAAUGGACACAAUGCAGCUGUAUUUUCUGUAGAUAUGAAUGAAGAUGGUACUAUUACAUUAACAGGUUCAGCAGAUAGGAGUGUUCGUAUCUGGGAGACAAUGACAGGAACAUGUAGAAAGGUAGUAUGGGUCAGUCCAUCAACAUCUAUUAUGUCAGUUAGUUAUAGUCAGGGUUAUUUCUCCUGUUGCUAUGGUGAAACUAUAUGUUUAUACAGAGUGGAAGGUGCUAAGCUUAUCAAUACAUAUCUAGAGCAUCAUAAACGAGUUGAAAGUAUCAAGCUAAAGAUAACGUAUAAAGAUAAGAAGAAACCUGAAGGUGUAAUUGUUAGUGCAGGUAAAGAUGGUAUGGUCAAAUACUGGGACAUAAACUCUGAUACCAGUUUAAAUACAUUCAGUGGACACAAUGAACAGAUUAACUGUAUCCAUUUUGAUGAAUUAAGAAUUGCCAGCGCCUCCUAUGAUCAUAAAAUAAGAAUUUGGGAUUUCAAUAUUUAA